AUGGCUCACUCACCUGGCCAUUGGGCACGAGGCAACCACUCCAGUCAGACCACACCACACCCAAAGAAUGCCUCUUUGGGUCUUAUCGCCCAAUUCCUGAAUGCGGCUGGCUGGGUGCGUUUGUUGGUUGCCUCUCAGGUUCCCAUAAAGUUGACCUGCAUGAGAAACUCGGUGGAUGUACCCGAAGCCUAUCCGCUGUUGAUGCUGCAAGGCACAGAGCUUCCCGGUACAGCACAAAAUGGUGAUACUCAACAGAUGCUACGACCGACUCAAGCCGGCAUGCAUCACGAUCGAGGAACAGCGGCAACGAAAUUAAUUGUUCUUGCACUUCGUGAGCUUCAUUGUGCGCAGAUUGUCUGCGGCUUGGCUAGACCUUUGUCCAAGUCUCACUUAGAUCCCGCCACUGCUCUUUGCACGGACUUCGCUGGAAAUAGGGGCUGGUAG